UUCAACUGUGUAGUGGAAACCAUGGAAGACCGUUUCACCAUCCUCUCACAACAAAAUAAUGUGUUUUUUCGUUAUUAUAAUAGUUUAUGACAGUUGAAAAAAUUGAAAAAAUCUUAGAAUGGUGAAUUCUUGUUGUGUGUGUGGUGUUGAACGAUCGGUGUUGACGGCAGAUCUUACUUUCCAUAAAUUGCCUACGAAUCCAGAAAUGCGACGAAAAUGGAUCGAAGUAUUGAAGAAAAAUGAUGUAAAAAUUUCCAAAAGUCUUAUUGUCUGCAGUAGUCAUUUCAAACCUGAAGACUAUCGUGAGUGGGCUCUUCAUCCACUCCUAAAAAAAAAUGCUGUCCCACGACAGGAGUUUUUAGGAUCUGCAUUCAGAAAACAAUUGACUCAAAAUUAUGCGAGAAAGACACAAGACUGUGACAAUGGGGCCAGUGAUCUUAACAAUACGAUUAACAAUGAACAUGGGAAUCGUCGUUUUUUGGGGGCGGCUAAUGCAUUAGCCUCCUCUAAUGUUUCUGAUGACGCAAAUACUCUAGAACAAGAAAAUUCUCCCCAUGAAGAAAGUGAGCCUGAGUAUGUGAAUAUUGAGAUCCUAACAGAUGAUUUCUUAUCCACUGAGGAUAUCGAUACUUCAGACAGUGUACAAGCCGAACAAAAUAAUGAUUCGUUUGAGCGUCAAAGACCAAACAUCUCAGCAGACUUUGGAGAUCAUAUUUAUUCGUUAAACACGAACAUUUCACAAGCUGAAAACACCGAGAAGCUAAAUAGAUGUUGCACUGUACCUGACUCCGGAGUACUUCGUCGAGAAGACUUCAAGGAUGAAGUAACCUGGAAUCGAUUCCUGGGUCUCUAUGAAGAUAGGAAUACUAAAAAUGCAUUAUUAAAACAGAAGCAUGAACGUUUGAAAAACACAGUUGAGACGUACAAAGACUUGAUUGAAAAGCUUAUGGAAGAGAGACUAUCAACCAAUCCCACUACAGAUUUCUUGGAUGGGAGGAUGGAGCAAAAUGGAUAUCGUUGACUUUUUUGAAUGCAUAACUUGGCAUAACUCAUGAACGACUUGAUCAAUUGAGCUCAACCUAGGCCUGUCACAAAGGAGCAAAAUUGUUUUUUUUUGUCACAGCGCCGAAAAACACUUCUGACAAUUGUGAAGGUUGCUGACUAAGACGAAGCCGACAAAUGCAAUCACGGAAAAAAAUAUAUACUUGAUUCAAGAAUAUUAUUCUUGAUUCGAGUAUAUUAUAUACUUGAUUCAAAUAUAUUAUCCUUGAUUCGAGCAUAUAAUAUACUUGAUUCAAGUACAUUAUUCUUGAUUUGGGUAUAAAAUAUAUUGUAUUCAAGUACAUUAUAUACUUGAAUCAAGUAUAUAGUAUACUUGAUUCAAGUAUAUUCUAUACUAAAUUCAAGUAUGUUUUUUUUCCGUUAUCACACGAGUCAGAAAAGUAGUUUUCGAUCGCGUGACGAACAUAAUUUUUCUUCACAAUGUCCGUAAAAUUACAUUUUACGGACAUUGUCGUGAAAAAAAAAUUCUUACAUUCCGGCUAUAAUGCAGCACUUCACGGACACUACGCGUCCGUGAAUCACUACCUACAGCCGUUAAGACAAAAAAUAUCGUUCGUCACACGGCCUAAAAAAACUUUUCUGGGUCAUAUGAUUACAACCCUCGUCUUCUGGCGGUUUCACAACCACACAUCCGUGAGAAAAAUUGAUCAAAACUAUUCUUUUAAUGAUGUAUGAAUUUUCAGUUUCGGCUAUUCAAAAUUUUUCUUUAACUAAAAUGUAAAAUAUAUUCACUAUGUAAUUGAUUGUAUAAAAUAUACUUUGAAAUAUUGUACUGCAAGUAAUAAAGUUUAUUCUGUAAGUCA